GAAUUGACCGACCCGGAUAUAUUCUGCGUUCCUUCUUUUCUCUCUCUCUCAAGAGUUUGAGAGAGAGGGCCAACGAUGAAGCUCUCGGAGAGCAAUGCCCUCUGUUGUCGUCUUGUUUGGUUUGCUCUUCUUGUGAGCAUUUUAUUGGCGGAAACGGCUUUAAGCAUCAGAUUUCCUGAUCGGAUCUCUCAAGUCCCCAUUGACCCACCCAAACAGCCCCUUAAAUCAGCUGUUUUCGCUCUCGGAAGCUUCUGGAGAUCUGAAGCCGUUUUUGGUUGCUUGGAUGGAGUCGUACGGACAACUGUUGGUUACGCUGGUGGAUCUAAAGCCAAUCCCGAGUACCGAAGCUUGGGUGAUCACGCCGAGUCUGUACAGAUUGAAUAUGAUCCUAAGCUGGUUAAUUUCAGGCAACUUUUGGAGGUCUUCUGGUCCAGUCAUGACUCUAGACAAGUUUUCGGGCAAGGUCCUGAUGUAGGGAGCCAGUACAGGUCUAUUAUCUUCACUAAUGGAAGUGAAGAAUCCAGACUAGCUGCAGUCAGCAAAGAAAGAGAGCAGACUAAGUCAAAGAGCAGUAUCGUAACUACACAAAUUCAACAACUUGGAACAUUUUAUCCUGCAGAACCUGAACAUCAGAAAUUUGAGCUAAAACGAAACCCGUUCCUUCUUCAGCUGAUUGGAAACCUGCCGGAAGUUGAGCUUGAGAGUUCAAGCCUGGCAGCAAAACUGAACAGCUAUUCAGCAGAGCUUUGUCCAACUAAGAUUCAAAAGCAGAUCGAUGUGAAGAUCGACAACAUUAUUAAAAAAGGUUGGCCCAUUUUAAGAGAAUUAUAGUUAGACAAAUCCAUUUUCUCAAGUUGAAAAUAUUUAAAAGAGGUUGAGUGUUGUAGACUUCAGAUUCAAUUUGCUUCAGCCUGACAAGAUGAUAUACAUUGAUGUAUAGUGUUGAUUUUGCUUGUUCAGCCUGAAUUGCAGAGUUUUUUUGCUGUGGGGUAAAGGAGCUGAAAAUUCUUAAUUGGGGAUGUGAGUAUGAGUGGUUCUUGAACCUCAUUUGUAAAAUUUGUUGGUUUUUCUAUGCCAUUCUUUUGUAAGAUUAGAAGGAAAAUUGUUCUGUUAAAUGAAUUUAUGACAAAUUGUUGUUCCAUUUUUUGGUACAUUUAAAAACAUCAAAUUACGUAGUGGGGUUGUUGAAUAGAUUGAUGUCGGAAUUUGAACCUUACAA